CUUCAGAGCUUCCCAACAUCAAAAAAAACAAAGAGCAACAACAUAAUCAAAUUCUCCUUUACAGUUUACUUUCCUCUUAAUGCUAAUGAUUCCUCUGCUCUCUUCUCAAUUCUCACUCCUAAAUGAAAAAGAAACCACAAACUUUCACUGAAACAAACAGAAUCUUUUCAUUAUUUAUUCAGUCUUGUUUUUAGAAUUUUUGCCUUUAAUUCACUUCACCUGCCCACUUAAAGUACACCCAGUUGACAUGCUUCACCACCACCUUAAAAUUCCUUUUCAAGAUUCUUUCUAAAUUCACAUCACAAAAAACAAACACAAAUUCUUUUGUUUGUACGAUGUUUCUCCCAGCUGGGCAUACCGGAGUUUCGGAUACAAGCUAUACAAAUCCUUCCUGGAAGUUCCUCCUUUGGUUUUAUAUUUUUACAGUUUUUUUCUGUUUUGGAUCAUGACCAAUCUUUCCAAUUUCCAAACUUUUCAAUAGGCUCUGCUAGAUUGCAACAUGGCUGAUGAUGAUGAUGCUUCUUUGGGGCCUGAUUCGACAUCCGGCUCCGCCAUGGAUUUGGAUUUCAUGGAUCAACUCUUGUAUGAUGGCUGCUGGUUAGAAACCACUGAUGAUGGGUUCAGCUUCUCACAGCCAGUGCCCUCAACUUCACAAUGUUUUCCUUUCACUGAGCCCGGCAGUAAUCUUGCAAUUACUCAGCAAAUCCACCAAAAAUCAAUAACAAAUGAUGAUCACAAAGCCAAGAAACUCGCGGAAACGGAAUCCGAAAGCCACCAUAGUUCUGCUGUCAAGACUACCAAAUCCUUGGUGCUGCAGUAUCAAGGUUUUCCAGUUGAAAGCAAUGAAUUAAGCAGAAGCUUUUGGAUUGGGCCAAAGGCGGAUCCAGGGCCGUCGUCUUCAGUGAAACAGAGAUUGAUGGAUGCUAUUGGACAGUUGAAACAGUACGCGAAAGAUACCGAAGUCCUUGUUCAGAUAUGGCUGCCUACGAAGAAAGAAGGCAAGAGUGUCCUAACAACUAUUGGCCAGCCAUGUUUUCUUGGUUUAAAGAGUGAGAGUCUUGAAAGUUACAGAUAUGUUUCACAAACAUAUCAUUUCUCUGUGGAAGGGGAUUCAAAAGAUUUUCUUGGAUUGCCUGGUCGAGUUUUCUUGGGAAAAUUGCCCGAGUCAACUCCAGAUGUUCGCUUCUUUAAAACUGCGGAGUACCCGCGUAAAAAUUAUGCAAAGCAGUUUAACAUCAGUGGAUCUCUUGCAGUCCCUGUCUUUGAAAUGGGUACUGGGACUUGCUUGGGGGUUGUAGAGGUUGUGAGAACUUCUCGAAAUAUCAAUUAUCGUCCAGAGCUAGAAUCUAUCUGCAAAGCUCUAGAGGCCUUUGACUUAAGGAGUUCGCAUGACUUUUGUCCUCCAAGUAUAAAGGCUUGUAAAGAGUUUUGCCAAGCUGCAGUUCCAGAGAUAUCUGAAGUUUUGGAAUCUGUCUGCAAAAAAUACAAGUUACCUUUAGCUCUGACAUGGGCUAGAUGUUUCCAGCAAGGAAAAGGUGGAUGUCGACAUUUUGAUGAGAAGUUUGCUAGAUGUAUUUCCACGGUGGAUUCGGCUUGCUUUGCCGCUGAUGAAGAACUUAUUUCAUUCCAUGUUGCGUGCUCUGAGCAAUACCUUUUUCUGGGUCAAGGAAUUGUUGGGAAAGCAUUCAUAACAAACAAUCAGUGUUUUGCAUCUGAUAUUACUGCAUUUACUAAGACAGAUUAUCCUCUCUCUCACCAUGCUAAGAUACUCGAUUUACAUGCUGCUGUUGCAAUUCCUUUGCGAAGCACCGAUGAUGGUUCGGCUGAAUUUGUCUUGGAGUUAUUCUUGCCAAAAGAUUGCCAAGACCCAGGAGAACAAAAGAAAAUGUGCGAAUCAUUACUUUUUGCCAUACAACAAGCUUGUUAUAACUUACACGUUGUCAUGGACAAGGAGAUUGAGGAACACAGCAGUCGGCAUCCAUCUGCAGCUUCAAUAGAAAGGCAUAGUGAGGUAGUAACUCGUAAAUCUGCAUCCUCUUCCUUGACAGAACCCUCUUCAGAGGGAUCAUCCUGGAUUGCCCAGAUGAUGGAGGCUCAACAGAAAGGUAAAAAUGUCUGUGUCUCAUGGGACAAUCCAAAAGGGCCUAAAGAAGAGUUCAAGGUGGCAACUCAUUGGGAUGACACCCUAGAGAAGUUGUAUCAAAAACAGGUUCUUACUGAGUGUGGACAACUUCAGCAACAUUCUGGACUCAAAAAUAGUAUCGACGGGGGUACCGAUCCUUCUUUUACUAGGCAGCAGUCAUCAGGCCACAGAAAACCAGGUGAAAAGAGACGCACAAAGACAGAAAAGACGAUCGGCUUGGAAGUUCUCCGACAGUACUUUGCUGGGAGCCUUAAAGACGCUGCUAAGAGCAUUGGGGUGUGCCCUACCACUCUGAAAAGGAUAUGCAGACAGCAUGGUAUCACUCGAUGGCCAUCUCGAAAGCUUAAGAAGGUUGGUCAUUCAUUAAAGAAACUCCAACUUGUGAUCGAUUCAGUCCAAGGCGCUGAAGGUUCCAUUCAGAUCGGUUCCUUCUAUGCAACUUUUCCAGAAUUGACCUCCCCCAACUUUAGUGGCAAUAAUCCCUCCCCCAACUAUAGUGGCAAUAAUCCCUCCCCCAACUAUAGUGGCAAUAAUCCCUCCCCAAACUUUAGUGGCAAUAAUCCUCUUACAUCAUUAAAGACGAUGACGAAUGAUGACUCAAAGCAACCCGACCCUCAACCUGAGAAUGGCUUCAUCAAUGCUGGAGCAGCGGCUUCAAAAUCCCCAUCCUCAUCUUGUAGUCAGAGCUCUGGAUCAAGUUUCUGUUGUCCCAUUGAAGCAAAGCAGAUAAGCACCAACAAUUCUCCGAAUGCUGGGGAUCCUUUAACAGUUGAAGAUCUGGGUGCUGUGCUCAAAAGAACACGUAGUGAUGCAGGUUUACACGCCUUGAAUCGCGAGGAGUCCAAACCACUUGCAAGAUCCCAAAGCCAUAAAUUAUUAGCUGAUCAUCCAGAAGGAAGUGGUCGGAGUUUACGAGAUAGUGGUGCCUGUAGAGUUAAAGCCAAUUUCAGAGAAGACAAAGUUCGGUUCAGCUUGCAACAAAACUGCGAUUUCAAGGACUUGCAGCAGGAGCUUGCAAAGAGAUUUGGAAUACAAGACGUCAGCCGAGUUGAUCUCAAGUAUUUGGAUGAUGACCAGGAGUGGGUUCUUUUGACAUGCGACGCAGACCUCGACGAGUGUAGAGAUAUUUUCAGAAUGUCUCAGAGCCGGACAAUCAAAAUAUCCGUUCAUCAAGCUUCUUCACAACCGGUUCAGCAGUCUGGCGGAGGCUGAGAGGGAGCAUCAUAAAUCUGGAAGAGUGUGAUAUGGAAAAAGAAUCUGGUAUGAAUCUUUUGUUUCCAUUGUUGAGUUGACAAAUAGCUAUUGAAUCUUGUUUUGGUAGUUCAGUGGCAAUGUAGUUUUCAUAGGGAAAUAAGUAUGUAAGAUUAUGAAAAUGAUUGGUUCAGAAAAGGCCAAUGGCUGUGUAAUUAAAGCUGGAGCAUUGGGACUUUCCUACUAAUGAAGGUGGAUGUGUCAAGAGGCUUGAUGCUUCACUUUUUUAGGAUGUAAGAUUGUGUGCAUAUUAUUGCUUCAUGGGGGACCAUUUUCAAUGAUUUA